AUGAAAUAUGCAAUUAUGUCACAUAACAUUGAUUUUGUUACAUUCUUGAUGAAUGAAUACAAUAUAGAGAUCGAUUUAAAAUACUGUGGAUGGUAUAAUAAUCUUGAAUCUUUUUUAGUUUAUUUCGAUCAAACUAAUGAUAUUGGCAAAUGUUUUGUUUGUUCACUUCUUUUAAAUAUUCCAUCCUUAUUGGAAUACUUCCUUUCGCAUGGUGCAAAUAUCAAUGAAAAAGAUAAAAAUGGACAAACCGCACUUCAUACUGCAGCUCAGAAUUAUAGUAAAGAAACUGCUGAAGUUCUUAUUUCACAUGGUGCAAAUAUCAAUGAAAAAGAUAAUGAUGGACAAACCGCACUUCAUGCUGCAGCUCAGAAUUAUAGUAAAGAAACUGCUGAAGUUCUUAUUUCACAUGGUGCAAAUAUCAAUGAAAAAGAUAAAUAUGGAAACACUGCUCUUCAUAUUGCAGCUGAAAGAGACAACAAAGAAACUGCUGAAGUUCUUAUUUCACAUGGUGCAAAUAUCAAUGAAAAAGAUAAAUAUGGAAACACUGCUCUUCAUAUUGCAGCUCAGAAUAAUAGUAAAGAAACUGCUGAAGUUCUUAUUUCACUUGGUGCGAAAAAUAAUGUUCUUAUAUAA